AUGCUUGGAUAUUUUGUGUCGUUGUUGAGAGCCUGGAUGAGUUUCAGAAGGGUUCAGGAUGUGAGGGCACAAAGUGUUUUGAGAUCUGGAUAUAGAGUGAUUGAUCGAUUGUUUAGAAUGCAUAGGAAUGGAGAAAUAAGCGGUGAAGACUACGUGAAUAAGCUUGAUAAGUUGAAGGAGUUGAUGAGCAAGAAGAUUGACGAGGUAGAGGCGUGUGUGCAAGCGGCGGCAACCCGAAGGAUGCCUUGUGAUGUGUUGCCUGUUUUUAUCAUGGAGCAUUUUGAGCACAAUGGAUAUUUUGUGAGUGCGUCUGCAUUUGCACGUAGAUUUGAGAUUGAGGAGUAUUCUGAGGGAUGUUUUUACCGGAGAAUGUAUCGAAUGAAGGCAAUGAUUGAGGCAGGGGAGUAUGAUGAAGCACUGGAUUUCUGCAAGGAAAACAGGUCUGAGCUGCGGAGGCUUGGGGAUUGCGAAAGCUUGCAUAUUGAGAAUGACCUGAAGAAGCAGAAGUUUCUGCUGAUGUGCAGAAAGAAUGAGAUUUGCAAAGCAUUGGAGUUUGCUAGCAAAGAGUUCAUAAAGAUCCACGGAGAUAUAAAGCAGUAUCUGCCCGCUCUUGUGCUUGGAGCAGACUUUGGAAAUGGAGGAGUAGGAAAUGAGGAAUGGAAAGUUGCAGAACGGUUUUGCAGAUGCAUGCUGAGGCUGGUUAAGCGAGGAGAGAAGUCAAGGCUGAUGCGAAGAAUAGAAUAUGGAAUGAUGGCAUACAAGACUCAUAAGUGUUUUGACGAAGAGGAGGGCGCAAGGGAUGAAAGGUGCCCUAGUUGCUGUGCAGCAUUGAGGAUGAGAGAGGAUGUGCUUUUUAGCAAGCAUGAAAUAAGCAUACUGCUUUGUAAAGGAAGCAAAGAGGUUAUGGACGAUCUGAACCAGCCUUAUGUGUUUGAGAAUGGAUGUGUGUAUGGAUCUAGGUAUAUUGGGCAUUCGGAGCUUAUUUAUGUGGGCCACAGGGAUUGCAGCGACGAGAAUACAAAGUAUCCAAGACUGUGCUAUAUCAUGUAG